UGAGUGGAGUGCGUCGUCUCAUUGUGUCAAUGACGCAAACAUUUGCCGAGUGAAACGUUCAAAAAAGAAGAGGCGGAACUCGAAAAAUAGUUUGCGCGAGAAAACGACGACGUCGGACGUAAUCGAUGCGAGCCAUUGGCAUCCGUUUGUUGAACAAGAGGAACAACAACAAGAGCAGCUGGGCUCGGCAGAGGCUUCGACGACCGCUUUGAACGAGUCGGACAUCGACGGUGGAUCCUACGGUCCAGCAUGUUGCCCGGGAAGGGCACCGGCCAUCAUGAAGGUCUCGUCAGAGUACUUGUCCAAAAUCCGCGUCCGCUUCAAAACUUGCCGUCCGGCUCGCACAACAACGACUCUCACUUGUAUUACUCGGCUGAUGACAGCUCUAAUGCUCAUGCUAUUACUGCCUCGCUUCUUGUCAGCUCAAGGCUACGACGUGUUCAUCGACUUGGAGGAGGAAGGCACGUCCCCAGGCGACAUUAAAUCAGCAUCAACUAAUCACGACGGACUGAAAUGCGAUCGGACAUUUGUGAGCACGAACGAAGGGUCGCGCAACGGAACGUUUACGUCGCCGCUAUUGGACAACCAAGAAGGACACGUGCGCCAGUGUCUGUUCACGUUCGUAGCCGCCCCGGGAGAGCGCGUUCAUCUGACUUUCACCAUGUUCAAUCUACGCGGCACGCCCCCAGAUGGAUCAACCGCCGGACACACAGCCAUGUGCAGUCACGAAUACAUCGACCUCUAUACAGAGAUUCCCGACUCGGAGCCGAUGGAUCUGAUCCAUUCGCCAUUUGGUGGUCGUUACUGCGGCCAAAUCCCGCCCCGUCGUCGGGUCUCGCUUUACAGGACGGCCGUUUUGGCCUUUUUUACCGACAAGAAUUCGAGCAUCGUCGACGAUCUCCUCUUCCAGGGCACCUAUCUCUUCUUCAAAGACGAUCAAUUCCAAGUGGGGACGCAUGUACCUCGAACGACGUGCAAUUUCACGAUCGACGGCCUAGUGAAACGACAGGGUGAUAUCGUGACACCCACCUAUCCGGGCGUCUACCCAAAAGACCUAACUUGUGCCUACAAAUUUAUCGGGAAGAAAGGCCAACGUAUCCGGCUCGAAUUCAGGGACUUUGACACCUUCUACGGAGGCCCUCAUUGCCCGCUAGACGCUGUCGACGUCUACGACGGGUUGGAUGCCAAAGCUCCGCUGAUUGGUCGCUACUGCGGCCAGCAGCGUAACGUGGUCAUCUACUCGACCGAGCAUCAUUUGCUCGUCACGUUCACGACGCUCAAGCGGACGGCCGAUUCGCAAAAUCGCGGCUUUCUCGCCAAGUUCGAAUUCAGCGAAAAUUUCGUCAAACUCGAUUUCAUUAGUCGGGAGGAUAGCAAACACGACAGAGGCUCUGAAUGUGACCAAACGAUUUUAAGUCGUAAAGGAUCUUCGGCCGUGGUCUACAGUCCCAAUUAUCCUUUCCCUUACAUACCGGGCAUUGUUUGCAAAUACAACGUCUACGGCCUACAAGACGAGCAACACUUUGAGCGCAUCCGGCUCGAUUUUGAAAAAUUCGACAUCCCGUCAGCUGAUUCGACGUGCUCGGAUGGUUUUUUGAGAAUUUACUUGAAAGGCCAAGAUAUUAGCGUGACCUAUUUAUACGAGAAACACGACCACGAAUUGUGCAGCAACAAUGUCAGCUCUCCUUACUGGUCUGAAGGCCAACGGUUGUCCAUGAUCUUCUCCAGCGGCCAGACGCAGGGUUCCGGCUUUAAGGCGAGAUUUCUGUUUGCCACAGAAUAUUUGAUUCCGGGGACGCCAUCGCCGCUAGGUGGCUGCAAUUUCACUUACAUGAGCUCGAGUAAAAAACGAGGCGAAUUCAAUUCGCCUCGACAUCCGGCUCGCUACCCGUCCAACCUGACGUGCACCUACAACUUCGUGUUGGCCGGACCGCACGAGAAUGUCCGCCUCUACUUUGAUCAGUUCAAAGUGCGAGCCAACGAUACGACCGUCUUUUACGGCUCCUACUGCCAAGAAGAUUGGGUUGAAAUCUACAAUGUCUUUUAUGGAGGCAAAGAAGUUCUACUAGGCCGCUAUUGUGGUGAUUCCUUCCCUGGACCAGUUGAAUCCGAUCCGGGAACGAUUGGAUUGAAGGUUGUGUUGCAUACGGACGAAGAGGGCGUCUUUAACGGCUUCAAGGGACGGUACACAUUCGACGAGAACAUUUCGAUCAAUAGAGACUGCGGCAGUAAUCUGAGCGUACCGGGAGCCGCUAGUGGUGUCUUCACUAGUCCCAAGUAUCCUGAGAAGUAUGAUCGCAGCUCGGGCCUACUCAGCUGCUCCUGGCAGAUCCAUUCAGCCAAAGAUCAUCGCAUCCUCCUACACUUUGAGUCGUUUUCUAUUGAAGGCGAGAUGGAAACUCGGGGAUGCGCAAUGGCAGCCGUGCGCGUUUGGAAGAGACUGGACGAACCGCCGGUGGAAAUCUGCGGCGAAAAAUUGAAAGAAGAACACGAGACGUUCAUGUCUGAAGGCAACGCCAUGAAAAUCACAUUCACAACCGCCGAUAAAGUGGCCGGCGGUAAAGGCUUCCGGGCAAUCUGGACGGAGGUGAAGAUUCCAGCUCUGGUCGGCGGUUACGAUUGCGAUGAAGGCGGCCUCUACUUCCGUUGCGCAAACAGCACGUUUUGCAUAGCCAAACAGCUGGAGUGCGAUGGAAAUCCAAAUUGCGGACUCAACGAUAAUUCCGACGAGGGGACGCACUGUGCCGCUAUGGUCGCAAGUGAAGAAUCCUCGUCCGUGCUGCUGAUGUUGACGUUAGGCGCCUGUGCCCUAACUCUGCUCAUGACUCUGUGUAUAGUCUGCCAUCGCAAAAGGCAACGACGAAGGCCGCCAAACAUUAAUUACGAACGACGGCCGUUCGCACCUCCACCGCCGUUCGAUACCAUGUCGUCACGUCCUUCGAUGUCGCUACCCGCCGACAUCCCAUCUCCGCCGCCUCCGGCUCAGCUCUACACGAGCCUGCCCCCGCUUUCCAUCGACGUCGGAGAUAACGUGUGACGACUUUAGUUAUCCUUAAACAAAAAAUGGUAUAAAAUAAGGCAGUCCCUCUUGGGAUUGGAAUAUAUAUAGACUCAAACUUUUCACCUUAUGGCAUGGCCAAAACUUAAAACAAAAAUUUGCUCGAGAUAUUUUGUUUUGUUUAUAAGAAAAAAAAAAAGAAAAGAAAAAAUUGUCCUUGUCGUCGCUGCCGUGCCGCUGGUCGAUAUAUAUUUGUCAACGCUUUAAGCAAGCCAGUGUGGUAUGUGCUCCUUCUAUCGUCUUCUCUCAUCUGCUUCCCUAUCUCUCCUAUUUUUUACUUAAUUUAUCCUUUUUGCUCUGUCUCUUUCUUCCUCUAUAUAACAAACGUAAAAGUCUUCAAUCUCUUUCGAUUCAACAAAUAAUUUCACAUCUAGUUAAAAACCUGCGCCUAGCAUGAACGUACGUGUAAUAAGAGUAUGCCCGUCAAAGUGUCGGUUCAACUUUUUUGGCUUUUGGUUGCUAACGUGGUGAAACGUCGAUCAGCUCACGUCGUCGUCUCGAAACUUUAGACGUUAAUUAUACACCGUCGGCCGAGGUGACACAAUAACCGGAAACGCUAGUGCACGUGGAUGAGUGUGAGUGAGAAAAAGUGUUGAAUAAGCACCGCCACAGUAUUUAAAAGGCAGUUUUGACUCGUCGACAAUCGUGUACGUGCAAUAUAUGUCUUUGUUUGAUGCAGCGCGACGAGCUCUCUUUUGUAAAUUCUGCACACAAGUGUGAAAGUGCCAAAACCAAACCCAAAACAAAUAAAGCAUAACAAAAUGGAAAAAAAAAAAUAAUAAAUACCCUCCUCCUGUGUCAUGUUUUGAUAAUUGCUCCCGUUCAGUAAUAUGAAUGUAUGUGUUCAUGCUGAUGCUAUAAUUGAAUUGUUGUCAAAGUUUGCAAUUAUUUGGAAAUGCGGCGUACAGCAGACGAGCAGACCUAUUUGUUGACAGUCGAAAAAACAUUGAUGGGUAGUAUCAACAUUUCUAUAGUGACGAAAGUUAUGGUACAAUCACAAAUAUAAGUUGAAGUUGAAUUGAA